GAUAUAUCGCAAAUGGCGCGAAGGGAAUGUGUCUUGUUUAGAGCCAGUAGAUAUGAUGGAUUGCUAACAGCUGUAAGCAUUAUGGUCGGUGAGGAAGCAUGAUUUGUAUACACUGGGUGACAUUUGGAAGCGAAAUUAUCUAAAGAUGUCAAGACAAGUGUUAGCCAUCUCACACAGACUUGGAGAGUGUGCCAAAAAUGAGAACACAAGUGUCCAGGAAGUGAGAGGCCUGCUCAGUAUCCUGGUGGAGAAGGUCCUGACCAACACAGAUGCAGUUGCCUCUACCAUUGCAAGGAUUGGAGAGGCUAGCGAAUAUGUGCCAACCUUACAGCUGAUGAGCUGGUAUGCCGGACGGAACCCUGCCGUUUUUGUCCACGGUCAGAAUGUACUCAGUGAUGAUGAACAUGGGGAUGGGGUGGAGCUCAGUGAAGAGGAGAAGGAGUCUCAUGCAUUCACCUGUUGGUGUAUUUCGCGGAUAUUGCGCCUGCUGUCUCACAAAGGCUGCGCCUCACUGCAUCACAAGUGCCGAGACACCAUCUCACAGUUUCUACAGGUCAUCAAGUGGCGGGAUCUUGUUGCUUUCCACAAUAUUCUCUCUGAGCUCAUACAUUGUGCGGCAGAAUUAGUGGAAUUUAGUGAUCAGUUUGAGCGGUCCAAAGGCCAAACUCGGACUGUCACCAGCUUCCAUGUACCUUUACACCUGCUGCAGCAGAGUGUCACAGACACAAGCCAGGCCAGUAAACAACCAGAGGUAAGUCUGAGUGAUGUACCUCAUGUCCUCUCCAGCCUGGAGUCCAGUGAGCUGCUACAGACCAACAUCAUGCGUAUCCUGGUUGGAUUUGUGCCUGACGUUUGUCAGUUCACCAGUAACAGAAUUCCGCUUUUCUGGAGCGUUCUUUGCUGCCACCUGGAGAACGGAGAUUACCCGCUCAAAUCUGUGUCCCUGCUGGUCAUGGUCCGGGUGAUACAGAUAGAUGGUCUACCCACAGGCAAUCUGCUCCAGUACUUCAUCAGUUGUCACUUAGCACUUCUGGAAAGACUCUGCAUGGAGAGAGAACAAGGGGACCCAUUGGAUGAGCUUGAUGAGAUGGAGGAAUGUACAGCCAGACUGUGUGAACAGGUGGUGACAGAGGAUAGCAAUACAACAUCUAUCACCAGACUCUCACUGAUGGAUCUGAGACUCUACUACGAUAAGGUUGCUCUCACUCUCGCAGAACACGGGCUCCAUAAUCUCCGCUGUCCUGACCUCACUAACGCCAUUGGUCAGUUCUCUUGUCACUUGAUGGAGAGACUGACACCUCCCUCACUGAUUGGUCGAGAGGGAGUAAGGCGCAGCUUCAUCAGUGGCCUUAUGAAGGACCUGGGCACGUGCUCUGAAAUCCAGGGUAUUGUGGGUCCUGCUGUCAAAUGUAUCCAACCAGAGAUGCCGAAUAAAACUGACAGUAAUUGUGGUAUUGUGGGUCCUGCUGUCAAAUGUAUCCAAUCAGAGAUGGCGAAUAAACCUGAAGAACCUAAAUCGUCUGAAACAACAGGGUCCUCGCAGCCAAUGAAAGAAGAGGAGAGAGAUGGGAGCAGGAAAGGCAAAAAACUGUCCAAAAGUCGAGCAAAGAAAAGGAAAGUAUCAGAUGUAGAAGAGCGUGCUGAUGUCACGGAAAACUCAAAGACCUUCCAAUCUGUGUACACCAAAUUCAGGGAUGCUUUCUCAGGGAUGGCAGAACGGGAUAUACGGCUGACAGACCUGGAAACCGUCAGUGUGUUCACAGAGGUGUGCGCUCAUUGUAUUCUCGCCCAGCCCACUGCAACAGCAAUACGGUCAGUCUCUCCCAACACGUUUUGGAAUUUCUGCACAGAGUCAGACUUGUGUCAGAUUUUCUGUCUGUGGAGGCUUUUUCUCCGUCAACAGGUUCGUUCUUCAGACAAGGUCAAGCUGAAUAGAGGUCUACAGAAAAUGGCUCGUUCUGUGUCAGGACUCUUGGCUUUACAUGUACAUGACUCAACAACAUUCAGGUCAGAGCACUUCCAGUCUUUCUGCUGGAUACUCAGUCUUAUGUGGUUGCCUGCAGAGUCCCGAUGGCUGGAUUUGAACCCCGAGGACUCCAGGCAGGUGGCUGACCUGGCUACAGCCCUUAGUCAAAGGCUAGAUUUGCAGACACUGGAUGAGUGUCUUCAUGCAUUAAGCUGCUUUCCUAGAACUGUCCUGCUGAAAUGGAGGGCUCGUGUGUUAUGCCUGGCCCUGAGUGACAGCCGCAUGGAAGUGAAGACGUCAGCCUUAAGGCAUCUGCCCUUGUAUUUGUGCUCGCUGGGAACCAACAUUGCCUACAUCAUCACAGACUUCAUACACCCUCUGAUAUCCCAGGAUUCCACAACCAGUCCGGUGCUAGAGAAGAUUGCUGGACAGUUAGGAGACGUGGCGUGUGUCCUUUCUAAACAUGCCUCUGUUUGUUUGACAUCAAAGCCUGACAUCACCAAGCCCGUGUCCCAGUGUGUGACUGUUAUCUGUUCAGUGUGCAGAACCAACCCAAACCCAGGUAGACAGACAUUAGCUGAUCAGGAGCUUCUUGUAUUUCUUCUAUUUUUAAUUUCUGUUCUUUACUCACCAUGGUUUGAUACAGUGAAGAAGCUAAUCUGCUGUUAA